GCCACGGCCGGGCGCCCCGACGGGAGGGGCCCCGGGUCCCUGGGAGGCGGCUGAACCUCUGCGGCGCCGCCGCCGGCAGCGGCCCCAUGAGUCGGGGAACCAUGCCGCAGCCCGUCGCGUGGCCGGGCGCGAGCUGCGCCGAGAAGCCGGCGCGGGAGGCGGGGGCGGCGUCUCCGGGCCCCGCGAGAGCCGCGGCGCGGGAGGGCGGGAAGGCGGCGGCCGGCGGGCAGCCGCGGGCCCCGGUGAGGUGCCCGGCCGAGCACGAGGAGGACAUGUAUCGUGACGCAGAUGAAAUAGAAAAGGAGAAAGAAUUACUUAUACAUGAAAAAGGAUCAUCAGAACUCAGAUUAAGUGUAGCUCCUGAAAUGGAUAUCAUGGACUACUGCAAAAAAGAAUGGAGGGGAAAUACACAGAAAGCGACGUGUAUGAAAAAGGGCUACGAGGAGGUGUCUCAGAAAUUCACCUCCAUAAGGCGAGUCCGUGGAGAUAAUUACUGUGCGCUGAGGGCCACACUGUUCCAGGCCAUGAGCCAGCCGGCGGCACUGCCCUCUUGGCUUCUGGACCCGGAGCUCACGCUGUUACCAGAAAAACUCAUAAGCAAAUACAACUGGAUCAAACAGUGGAAACUUGGACUGAAAUUUGAGGGGAAGAGCGAGAACCUGGUUGAUAAAAUCAAGGAGUCCCUCAUUCUGCUAAGGAAGAAGUGGGCAGGCUUGGCCGAAUUGAGAACUGCCGAAGCAAGGCAGAUAGCUUGUGAUGAACUGUUCACAAAUGAAGAGGAGGAAUACAGCCUCUAUGAAGCUGUAAAAUUUCUAAUGCUGAACAGAGCCAUUGAACUAUAUGAUGAUAAAGAGAAGGGAAAAGAAGUACCAUUUUUCUCUGUGCUUCUGUUUGCUCGGGACACAUCGAAUGACCCUGGACAGCUGCUGAGGAACCAUCUAAACCAGGUGGGACACACUGGUGGCCUUGAACAGGUGCUGUUUUACCCAGAGUUUGUAGUCUGCUUUUGGAAGAUCCUCCAGAUGAUGACCGUGAAGCGCUGCAUCGCCUUUGAUGAUAUAGCACUCUUACCAUCGUGGCGUAUAAGUGGGACUCAGACUUUCUAGCUGUGUCUCCUUUUUCAUAUUAAAAUGAAGUUUGAUUAUAUUCCUCUCUCUCAAGCAGUACUUUGCAGGUACUCCCCCUUUGAAAGCCAGAAAGUAUUUUCAGAAGCAUAGACCUUCAGGGAAUCUUAUUUGUAGACAUACAUAAAAAUAAUGCCUUUUUUCCCCUGAGAUCUGUGACUACUUAAAAAGCAAUAAAAAGGAAGCCCUGGGUGUGUGUGAGGUGAAUCUACAGUGAGAGGCAUAGAAUCCCCACGUAGUUUAGCAAAGGCAGGGCACCGUGUCAAGUAAUUUAAAAAUGGCCCAAGGAACUGUAAGAAGUGAACUGAGGAAGAAGAACUGAUUUUAGAUUAAAAAUGGUGUUUAGAAACAAAACAACAGAUGCCUGACAGACCUCCUGGGCUUAAGUGAUAAAAGGAUAAAAAUCUGAACGAGGGAAGGACUUCUGUGCAUGGAUUCUGCAAGUUCCUUUUCCUAUUUAAGCUCCCUAUUUAACAGAAGUAUAAUAUUUAAUGUUUAACUCGUUUGGAAACCUUGCUGGUGAUCUCUUCUGAGGGGCUGGAGAGAGCAGGGAGCCAGGGCUGAGUUGUGCACUGAAUAAAGGCACGGGCAGCUGGUUGUUAAUGCUUGUGUAAUUCAGAGUAUAACGUGGAGCGGUGAAAAGCACAAAGCUAAACUGGUUUGGCUGCCCCCACCCCUAGUGGCGGUAGGAGCAAGCUAGGCUUGGCCAUGACCAGGAGGGGUAUGUGUGUGUGCACGCGUGUGUGUGUGUGCACACGUGUGCACGCUGGUCUGCAGUCACAUCGUGACAUUCUUCUGUGCGUGAGGUCCCACAGCCCAGGGCCCAGCAACAUUGAGAGCAUGGAGGUGACCUGCCCCAUUUGCAUUGUUUUCAUGGUAAAUUGAAAUUUAUUAUUGGGAAUGGUGGAAUGGGUUAGUAUGUAUAAUUAAACUAUACAGAGUGGCCACUAAGUCUGGAAAUAGACAUAUAUUAAGUGUAUUGAAAUCUUGUAUCAACAAACCAAUUAUUAUGUAUGUCUCUGUUCCUAGGCCUAUGGCCACCUGUAUAUAUUUAAAUAUUUUGAGUGCUCAUUAGUAGCCAAGGCUGUUAAUGCAGGAGAACAAUGGCUGGAGUUUUAUCUCAGUCUUGUGAUUUCUUGGGUGUGAGUCUCUGUCAAGAAUGAAAUCACCAAAACAUGGGUAAUACAAGGAAAGGAUACGGGGCUCGAAAUAUCCAGUCUUGGCCGUUGUUAUCCCAGUAACCAGGGCUGGCUGAGCUUAAUUAUGAACUUCAAAAUAUUUUUUGUACUUAAUGUUAAGAGCUUUUAUAUAUUGAAAAAUGCCUUGAUCUGUAUUCACGUAAAUGGUGCUAAAAUAUGGUACCCCUUACAGAACCCGUAGCGGUCCACAGUUGUGUUACUUCUGGGUAUUUCCAUAUGGGAACCAAGCCAAAUGAAUGUAUUUAAUGAGCUCCCUUCUCGUUUCCAUUGGCUUUAUAAAAAUGUUUUGGUGGUGUUACCUGCAUUUUAGCAGCUUCUAACUCUCUGUAUUGUGAAUUGGGAGAGGUUAACAAUCCACCUCCUGCCUCCGGUGACUGUUUUCUUUCCCUGUAGGCUUGGUUGUGAAGGGAGAGCAGCCGGGAGCAUGCGGUGUGAACCUGGUCUCCUUUGGCUUGGCUUGUUUAGCAAAGUGUCCUCUGUUCACACUGUAAAAUGUCAGCAUUUGUCAAAAAAUGUCUCCUGCUCUGAAAAACAUGCCCCCCAGGCUCCGGUCAGUUUGGGGCCUUGCUUCCCACCUGCAACCGUAGCCAGACCCCUGGCUCACGGGGGCAUGAGUUUCCUCUGUGACUUGUCAAGUCUCUUGUCUGCACCAUCAGAGGCCGAGCCGACUCGGGACUUUGCUGUUGAUUCCCUUUAGUAAACCCAGCCACUGAGGAUUGUAAAAAUGAAGAACUAAAAAUAAACUUAGAAUAUAAAAACUCAGAAGCCUGGUUGUGUUGCUGUGGUUAAAU